GUCAACAAACUAGAGACAGCGAAAUGUGAAAAAGCACUUUACUCCUUUUGAACUUCUCCGUUUUUGUCUUUCGUUUAACGUCAGCUUAAUGUUUUAAAAACGACUACUUAAAUGAAACCGUGUGCCUUAAAAAUAUCAACCCUCUGGACGCACUUUGAAGUUGUUAUUUGGCGUUAAGGGAAAUUUUUGAGUGAAAAUGCGAAGUGGUUCCCUGUCAAGCGUCAACGUAGUGCUUGUUAUGGCCUACGGAAGUCUGGUGUUUGUUUUGCUGUUCAUCUUUAUGAAAAGACAAAUUAUGCGAUUUGCCAUGAAAUCUCGGAGAGGACCACAUGUUCCCCUUGGCCACAAUGCUCCUAAGGAGCUGAGACAAGAAAUUGAAGCCAAACUGUGCCAGGUUCAGAAAAUCCACUUUGAGCCUCGUCUGCUGUCUACAGAUGAUGACCGGCUAAAUCACAGAGAACAGUCUGGUUCCUGUGACUACCUGUACAGGAUGAGAGCACUGGAUGCCGUCAGAGAGACUGAUCUCCCUUUCCGUCAACUGGGAGGAACGUCCACUGCUGUGACGGGGAAAAGAUUUCGGACAUGGCUUCUACAGUUGCGAAAUUCUAACUGCCUGUCCAGAGACAGUCAAAUCUCUCUCAUUGACACCGUGCUGGAUGGGUACAAUAAAGCACGUCACGGUGCAGAGGCCUUUGGUGAAGCAGAAUUUCUAAAAUACCAGGAAGCUCUAACUGAACUGGCCUCUGUUGUGAAGUCUCAAAGUAGCAGCAGCAGCACUCCGAACCAGUACCACCAGUCUGCAGCAAAAGACUUGACCACAACCACAGAGCCUGCAAGCUCCUCCUCAUCCCCCACCCAAACCACCUACCUCACAUCUGCAGCACAGCAGCGCAGCAAGCGGCCCAGAAACUUUCUGGAGCUUAAGAACUUCAAAGACAACUACAACACUCUGGACAGUACGCUCUGAAAAUAUGUAACGUCCGCGUAAGGGAAAGAUCAAGGGGAAGGUCGCAGUGCCAGUGAUUAAAGUGCCUAUGAGUGGCGACUGCCAGAUAGUUACAGAGUGAACACUGCCUUUAUACUCUCAACAUAUUGCCUGGUUACAGUGUAUUGCAUAUCAGAUUACUGAUACAGUGCUCUUAAGUGUAGCUUAUCCAUAUAUCCUGUAUUAUUGCAAGCAUGAGUGCUAUAUUUGGGUAGACUAUAAUAAGGGACUAGAGUAAGUAGGGUUGAUUUGACCAAAAUAAAACCACAGCUAUGGGGCUAUGCAAUGGCAUAAGACAAUCAGUAUUUAUUGCACAAUGUGAAGGCCUAUGCAGACUUGUUAAAAUUAACCAACUGUAUGUAAACGUGCUAAUAGUUACCAGUGUUAAUUGUCACUUCCUUUUAAAAGAAAGCACUGUUAAUGCCACUUGUGUUUACAUGUAUAUAUGUCUCUGCUGUUCAUUUGCUACAGUGAAUUCAACAGCAUGUUUUGGUUGUUUUUUUGUUUUUUUUGCCUUAACCUGAUGUUUUACAGAAGCCAUACUUGCUUUAAUGAAUUUUGAUGAUUAGGUGCUCUUUUAAUUUAAUCACUCCUCUCAGUGCAAUGUAAUUUAACAGUAUUCCAGUUCAUUAAUGUAUCCUGAAAGUGAUAUUGCAUUGGGGGCAGUCUCUUUUAUGACUUUUGUCUUCCUUUUCUGUUUGAAGUAGACUGGGCCCCACAUGUCUGAACUGCUUAUUUCAUUUGUGAUAAGACUUUCCCAGUGAGCCUAAUAAUUUUGUUCUGAGGUGCUUUCUGGACAAGUUGCCAUUCAAAUAA